AUGCCGCCGCGUGACACCCAUGAGCAGGCGGGCGGGCUGGCGGCCCGGCUGCUGAACCUCAACGUCGCCACAACUGCUGCGAGGUCCGAGGCGGCCGCCGAGGCAGUGGCAGCGGCCCAGGAGGACGCCGCUCGUCGAAUCGCCUCCGCCGAGGCGGACUGUGCGGCGCGCGCGACGGCGGCAGAGGAGGUGGCCGCAAAGCUCGCCAACCGCGCAGCGGAGGUCGAGGCUAAGGGUGCGGCCGAGCGAAUCGCAGCAGCAGAGGAGGUGGCGGCGCAGCACGCGGCGGCGCUCGAGACGGCGAGCAUGGACUUUGCGCGGCGGCUGGCUGCGAUUCAGGCCGCCGCCGACGAGCGGGCGGCGGCGGCGGAGGCCGCGUCCGCCGUGGCGGCAGAGCGGGUGGCGGCGGUCGAGGCGAGGGCUGCGGAGAGGGAGGUGGCGCUCGCCGAGGAGGCUGCGCGCAGGCGGGUGGAGGCGGCGGAGGCUAGCGUUCGCGACAUCGCCGCCGCCGCGUCCAGCCGGGCGGCGGCAACGGAGUGGGCGGCGGCGGAGCAAGUGGCCGCUGCGCGUGCUGCGGUGGCCGAGCCGGUCGAGCAGGCGGUCGGGGCGGCCGAGGAGCUGCAGCGGGUCCUCCUCGACAUGGUCGCCGGCAUCGAGAUCGAGAUGGAGACCGCCGCCUCCGCGAGGGGCGAGGGUGUCGGGCCGGGCCCCGCCCUCCUCCUCGCCUCCCUCCGGCAGGACGCGCCGGACCGGCUCUCCGGGGACCGUCCCUUCCUCGACGCCGUCUCGCAGGUCGUGCAGCUGCGCGACCUCGUGGCGAGCUCCUCUGCCCUCUCGGCGCAGCCCGUACUGCCCGAGCCACAGCCACAGCGCACGUUCGAGUCUGAGCACUACGAGCCGUUUGGCGGCAGCGUAGUGCUACCUCAGACGUGA